AUGGAUGACGCCACGAGGCUGAUCUCCGAACUUCAAGCACAGUUGGCAGAGCUGGACCACAAAGUGACUACUUACCGCCAGGACCUCGCCGACGGAUUCUUGCGACAUUCGCGCCAGCUUCUCUCCGAUCUCGAUCCCAGCCUGUCUGCUCGCGUCCAGGACGCCCUCGCCCACUGCCUUGGCUCAUACCCGGCCAUCAGCCCUGCACUAAUAACCGGAUCCGCCGCAGACCUAGAGGCGCCCAUUUUCGGCACGGCGGCACUGGUUACUGGCUCGCCAGCGCUGACAUUUCAGGCCCCAGGCCCCCUAGGUGCCUUAGCCAACCCCGACAUCCACUUGAACACCUUUGACUCCACCAACUCCAUUGCUACGACGGCCAGCGCCGCCGCUGCUCCUGUUGCUGCCGCAUCCCCUUCUGCCGAUCACGAGGGCUCGCCUCCCACCUCCCGGUUCCCUCGCUCCUCGACGCCACCCUCUCUUCCACCCUCAUCGACAGCCCUUCCUCCACCCUCUCAGUCUGUCGGCGCCACUGAUUCCAUGUCCGAUUCGCCAGACGACCGAGAAGCCGAGCUUCGCGGGGUUUUCACCCCUACUUACCUCCCCUUGUCGACGAAUCACAAACCUUCCGACAAUGGACGUCGCCGCAGCAGCUUCCGCCGGUGCCGCGGCCACCACAGCCUCCUCGACCUCGCCAACUUCUCCCCAACUCUCCUCGCCUCUCUCCCCACGUCUGCAGCUAUUGAUGCAGAGAUCCUCAGCGCUGCGUCGAGCUCGCCAGCCUCGAUUCACUUGCCCACGAGACCUUCCACCACCCGCCGUGCCACGGACGACGUGUCGACCUCUUCGGUUCUCUCGGAUAAGAGCGACUCCAAAUCUCGGCGGAGCGCCCUGCGCCGCUCUUCCAGCUCGUCAAAGCCCCAGAGCCCCGGCGGUCUCCAGGAUGUCAGGCAGCAGCCCGGCACGAGUAAUUUAUACACGAUCCCCGUGCUAAGGGAGGACCCCGAUCACUCGACGGCGACAUUGAGUGCGGCCGUGAUUCUCGGCCUGUCGGAUCUGGAAGAGAACGAAGGGCCCCGGCCUAAAAGCACCGUCUGGAUACCCGUUACGCAGGACCCCGACCCGGAAGCGGACGAGGGCGACGUAAUAAUACCGCCAGUAGCGCUAACCAAGGCCAAGAAUUCCCUCACCUCGUUGAGGGACGCUGAGAGGGCAAAGCGAGGGCCUGAUCGCGUGCGCAUGUUGUUGGGGGCACCGGCGCAGCAAUUAGAUCGGCAGGAAGAAGUGGACGAGGAAGAACAGGACGGGCAGGAGGAUGACGCCGACGACGACAGCUCCUCGGACGACGACUUUUUGUCCAUGGGAAGGUCGAGGGCGCCCCGGCCAAGAGACCCCGCCGGCCCCGCGGUCCAAGACUCACCCAGCACCCUCGUCGGGAUCCGGUACUGGCGGGAAUACUUUGGCGGGGGCGGAAUCGUCGAAGCCGAAGCCUAG